CUGAAAUAUCAAAUACAUGCAAAUUAAUUCGGCAAUCGGCGUCUAUCUAUUUAGGUGGAAUUCUUUGUAUUAGAUAACACAAACUUUGAUAAAUAAUAGUCAGAAUUUGUAGAAGUACCAUUGUGUUAGAUAUAGGGUUAAUACAUUAUUUAAGGUUAUUAUAAUACAAAAGAAAAUAUCACUAUUUUAGUGAGAAAGUGUCGUUCUAGUUGAGUUUUAAAUAUUUAUAAUAUUCUAACCAUUAACUUAGCUUAACCUUGAAUUUAUCAGUAUCGGUCAUAUAUAAUUUUGCAAUACAUCUCAAGUUGUGUGACAUUCGCCCACAUUCACUAAUCCAGCGUUAUCAUGGUAGCCGGUGCGCUCUUUAAAUCUGUGAAAAGUUCUUUGUCAUUGGUACAAUGUGCAAAGACAUCUAUAUCCAGAGUGAGAACAUUCACAAGUGUACUAAAUGAUCAGCAACAUGAAAUUCAAGAAUUAGCAAAGCAAUUUUCAGAUGAACACCUCAAGCCAAAUGCUAAGAAACUGGAUUUGGAAGGGAGGUUCCCCUUUGACCAGAUAAAACGUCUUACUGACAUGGGUUUUAUGGGCAUGGCAGUGGAAGAGGCGUACGGAGGUCGGGGCCUCGACUAUCUAUCGGUGGCUGUAGCAGUUGAGGAGCUGUCGCGGGGCUGCGCCAGUACCGGCAUGAUCAUGAGCCUCCACAACUUCCUCUAUACCAAUCUGGUUAAUGAAAAAGGCACGCCGCAACAGAAAGAAAUAUUCUUAUGUGAUUUUACUAGAGGAGCCAUUGGAUGUUUUGCUCUGAGUGAACCGGACGCUGGCAGUGACGUAGCCAGCAUAAAGACUACAGCGACCUUUGAUGGUGACCACGUAAUCCUGAACGGAAAGAAAAGCUGGGUGUCUUCUGCUAUCGAGGGGUCUGCGCUCAUUGUGUUUGCUACUGUAGAUCCUGCGCUACGACACAAAGGACUAGCUUGUUUCCUCGUUCCAAUGGAUGCAGAAGGCGUAUUUAGAGGGAAGAAACAACCCCUAAUGAGUGUCAGCGAAUUUGACAGGGCUGUGACAGCGUGCGACGUGACAUUCGAGGAGGUGCGGAUACCCAAGUCCUAUAUGGUUGGCCAAGUGGGCGAAGGAUUCAAGAUCGCGAUGGGACAGUUGGAUCAAGCUAGGAUAGGCAUCGCCGCCCACGCUGUAGGUAUAGCCCAAGCGGCUUUGGACACUGCUAUUGGUUAUGCCAAGGAAAGGGAAGCUUUCGGUAAAAAGCUGACGAGGUUGUCUUCAGUCCAGGAUCGACUGACCGAGAUGAGUAUAAUGACGGAGACCGCCCGGCUUCUGACAUACCGCGCGGCGACGCAGGUCAGCACCAAGAACAGCUCGAUGGCGAAGUACGUGGCGGGCAAGAAUGCCACCGCUGUCGCAGACCACUGCGUUCAAAUCCUCGGCGGACGCGGCCUUGCCACCACACACAAUGCUGAGAGGCAUUACAGGGACGCAAGAGGUACACAGAUAUACGGCGGCGUGACGGACAUACAGAAACGUCUUGUCGGCCAUUAUCUGCUGAAGGAACACGACGCCCUCUGAUGGCGCCACGAAAACACUGCAGCUAGUCUAAGCUAAACUGUGUCUAUUAAUUCGAGGCCACUGCAUCUACAAUAAGUAUAUAUCUUUAAGGUUAAAUACAAUGCAAAUAGUUAUAAAAAAUUAAUUUAAAUAACUGAAUAAUACAUCGAAACUAACGCACACAACUGACGCAACUCUUUCUCUUCUCUCUCUUUUCUAAAGAAUGGGAAGAGGAAGUGGAUUUGUUGGAAGAGCGGACGUUUAGGAAGGGCAAAUAUUCUCUGUGCGUCUCCUUCUCCGUCGAUUAAAGUUGUGCAGUAUAUGUGCAAUUCAUGAUAUCUAUGGGCGACGAUCGUUAAUACCUUUUAAUAUAAAAAUGCAAUGUAAGUGAUUCAAUAAUCAGCUCAAAAGAUUUAGAGACAGAAUAUUACAAUUAGGGCUCAAAGAUAAGUUUUUAUUGAUCGGCCCAAUGC